AUGGGAGUCCCAAUUCUCGACCGUCUUCACUUUCGUGAUUACCAAGCUUUAUUCAUUGGCUUUACUUUUCUAGCUUUUGAAACAUUACUUCGUGUUACUACCUGGUGCUUACCAACGGUUAUAUUAGAACUAUGUAAAGCGAAAAGUCAACAAUUAUUUUCUAAAUUAUAUGAAGAUGAACGUACAUUUCCGGCAGUGAUAUUACAGAAUGCGACUACAUUUAAGGAAAUGGCAGCGCAUUGUGGAUAUGCAAUCGAAGAUCACAUUGUGCUUACUCGCGAUCGGUACGUACUUGGAAUUCAUCGAAUUCCACACGGAAAACACGAUGACGAUAACACAUCUCAGAAUGAUCAGAUCCCUUUAUCAGCCAACCGUAAGACUGGCUCGAACUCGUUUCAGGGUAUUAAACCCGUCGUGUUGAUGUAUCAUGGGUUCAUGAUGUGUAGUGAAGUGUGGAUGUGUAAUUUGGAGGAAGAAAGACGACUUGCGUGCUUAAUGGCUGAUGAAGGUUAUGAUGUAUGGUUUGGUAAUUGCCGCGGUAACAAAUAUUCAAUGAAACACGCUCAUUAUAAACCGAGCGACCGAAAAUUCUGGGAAUAUUCUAUGGAUGAAUGCGCACUUUAUGAUUUGCCGGAUACUAUCGACUACAUUUUAGAAACGACUGGGGCAUCAUCACUUUCGUACAUUGGAUUUUCACAAGGAACUGCAUUACAAUUUGCCGCGUUAUCGGUGAGCCCUAAACUUAAUAAAAAAGUUAAUUUAUUUAUUGCAUUGGCUCCUGCUACAAGUCCCAAAGGACUACGAAAUGCAAUAGUCGAUGCCUUCAUCAAAGCAUCACCAAACGUGAUUUAUUUAUUCUUUGGCAAAAACGCAUUCAUUCCAAUGACGCUAUUCUGGCAAAAAGUACUCUCACCGCCAAUUUUCACAAAGGUUCUUGACACUUCAAUGAACUUUCUGUUUGGAUGGGAGGGUAAAAAUAUGACAGAAGCGCAAAAAGCAGUCUCGUAUAAUCAUCUUUAUAGUUUGGCUAGUGUGAAGAGUUUAGUGCACUGGUUUCAAAUAAUGCGCGCAAGUAAUUUCCAAAUGUACGAUGACUUCCCGCCCUUCUCGGCAAAGGGAUCAAUCACACACGGAUUUCCAACUAAACAAAUUAAAACCCCAAUCGCUAUAUUUUAUGGCGGCAGUGACAGUUUAGUGGAUAUUGAUAUGUUGUUGAAGCAAUUACCUAAGCCUGUUCUAGUCAAAGAAGUAAAAAAAUAUGAACAUUUAGAUUUCCUUUGGGCUUCAGAAGUCCACGAAGAAGUGUUUCCAGAGAUUUUUGAUCUUCUACGAACUUAUAAUCGACACUGA